GUAUUUUGAAUUUUAAAAAAAAAUAUAAAUUACUAAACUGUUAAAAGUCUCAAACAAAAUUUUAUUAUCAAUGAUUUAAAUUUUUGGUAUAAUAAGAUAUAAAUAGUUAUAAACUACAUGAGUAAGAAGUCUUAUUUAAUAAGUGUUAUUAUUAAUAUAUAUAUAUACAUCAUUUAAUUAAACUACAUAUCAUAUAAAAUACAAAUUAUAAAUUGAUAUAUGCAUUGAACAAAUAUUGAGAACUUAACUAAUAUUUUAAUUUUGCAUUCAAUUAAAAAUAUUUAUAAAUUACUAAAACUAUUAGACAUCUCAAAUUAAAAAGUUAUUAAUGGUUUAAAUUUUUGCUAUAAGAUGACAAGAAUCAUAAAACCAUAUGAUUAAAACCUUUGUUUAAUGAACAACUUUACUAAAAAUAUAUUUCAUAUCUAUGUUAAUAUCAUUUAAAUUUAAUUAUAUUAUAUAAAAUGGAUAAAAUUGAUUUUUUAUUUAUUUACCAUAAAAUUAUCGUUAAUAAACAAUAGUCAUUGUUUGAUUUAUAUGCGCAAGCCAAUUUAAUUAUAUAUGUAAUAUUACCGAUUUUUCAAUAUUUCAAUAUAUAUUUAUUAUUUUAUUAUUUUAUAAUAUUUAAAAAACAUAAAAUAAAUAAUAAUAUAUAAAUUAUUAUUUAUAUAUAAAAUGUUUAUCCCGCGCAUUAUGCAGAUCUUAGCCUAGUUUACAUUAUUAGCAAAAACAAAAAAAAAAACAAAAUAACAAAAAACAAACAAGUGAAAAGGGCUGUCUUCAAGGAUGCCUUCUGCGGAGGUGUACUUAGGCGCUAGCCGUGUUCCCUCCGGAGUGUCCGGAUUACCUAGAUUAUCAAAAAAAAAAAAAAAAAAAACAAAACAGUUUCAAAAAUCAUUACUCGUUUUUGAAAGGUAAUAGUAAUUUGAAGAAAAAAUAUACCCGUUAGGGACAGCUUGUUUUCAAAUGUAUUUAAACCAAACCAGAGGAGAGCCUCGCGUGUGUGUCUCUAAAGUCUCAACGUCUCUCUCUCACAUAACACCAAGCGAUUAGAGUAAACAUAUAUCAAAGGUAAAAAUCUCGAUGAACCACCGAUUGCUCUUUUACUAGGAUCAUAGGAUCGUAGAGAACUAGGUUCGAUGAGUUUAUGGAAAGCUAGGAAUGAAAUUAGGGUUUAGUUCGAAUCGGUUUAUUUUUUUUGGUUAGACCCAAAAAGAUCAAUUGAUUCUAACCGUCUAGUUAACCAAUUUGCAGAAGCGGAGAUGGCGGAAGGGCGCGAUAGACUCGAACGACAAAUUGAUUUUGCAUCAUUGUUUCUCAACAGACAGCGCGGAAGGAUCUUCGUUGACGAUGAAACUACAUGGACUGUGCAAGCAAGAGGUGGUAUUUGGCGGCGUGGAAGGCCUCGUCCUCGUACUCGUACUCGUCCUCGUGCUUCACCUUCAAGGAGGGCCCUCGCUGAUAUCACUGAUGUGAAUAGGGUGGGUACUGAGAGAAGGAGAGCAGUGGUUGGCCCAAGGCCCCUCCUUGAUACUGCUGUUGUUAGGGCGGGUACUGAGAGAAGGAGAGCAGUUGACCGUGUACCACUGGCUCAGCUCGAGCUCAGGUAUUCUGUGGCCAGUGCUGUUGCAUCCGCUGGAGUCAACCACCCCUCUUCCAUCGCUUGGGUUCAGCAGAAGUUGCUCUCACUCAAAGAGGAAUUAUCUGAUGGAGAGGAGGCCCUCACUCCAGAGCUCCUCAACUAUAUAGAUCAAGUGGGGAUUUAUCUGACGGAAGAGCUUGAGAAGCUGAAAAGCACACCAAGUGCGCAGAGAGCUGAGAGGGAGAGGAGGAUUCGAACAUUGAUGUCCAUGAGGUGACCGUUUGGGAACUCUUCACACUCUGAAAAGUAGGGAUCAUAGGCGUAAAAAAAAGUUGACGAUGAUACAAAGAGGGACGAGUGGAUAUCAUAUCACGGAGAGUACAUACUCCACGUUAUUACCAAUGUUUGUGUUUUAGGCUUGAGAGUUAAGAUUACAUUUGCUUACUUUCUUUUUUCACUAUUUGUGAAAUUUGAAGAUUCUUUUGAUACUAGUUGUUUUCUUUUGUACCUUUGGCAUGGCCUGUGUAGUAGCGCUAUUGAUUAGAAAAUUAUUUGACAACCCAUCAGUUUCACUUCCUCUAAUCUCUUCUUCUUUGAACCGCUUCCUAAUUCACAUUCCAAAACCGAAUUUGACCAAAGUAGUUUUAAUUGUUGUUGUUUCCCAGCAACAUUUUGCUCUUAGCCUACUCAUUCUGUUCCACUAUGCUUGUUUUUAGCUUCCAAGAUUUUCUCAACGUGAUUGGAAUUGUUUCACAGACCGUGAUCAAGUAUAGCCUACAAAAAAAACAACACUAAUUAAUUAUCCAACAGUGCCAUACGUGAGGAAAAGGGAAGUGUCUUUGCUACUUUUCUAACGUCUUUGGUUCCAAUUCACCUGAAACUAUUCAAACCAACAAGAUAUACUACUGCAUAUUCAGAAUACAAGAACAAAGACCAUUUUCAAGCUUUUGUGUGCAAAUUGUAAAUGCAUCACAUCAAACAAACUGAAAAGUACAACAUAGCAGAGUACCGCAAAGAUACUUCAAACGAAAGAACUGAGAUUGAAGGAGCCAAUCAUGUUUGCGAGAGGCGAGAGCAGAACUCAUAUCCAGCUCAAGCUGAAACCUUUGAAGUUUAAGCUGUUGCCUCAAAGCACUUGCUCUGUUGUUGCAGCAGGUUGCUGCGUCUGCUCACAGCCGUAAGCUGACGUGGCAAGGGAUUCCCAGAAGCAUCAGAGACGGUCACAGGAAGGUCCGUGAUAGUCACGACGGUUUUGGAGAGAAGAGUAGAUGAUUCCAAAUGAUGUUUCAUAUAGGCUCUGUAAUGAUGAUUUUAAUUGGAACUGAAACGGAUGAUGUACAUAGCAAAGUCUUGAGAGCUAUGAGAUCAAAAUCUCCCCGUGAUCAGGUUGAAAACAUUAUGUUUUGAAAUAUUACAAACUCCUUCAGUCUUGUAAUUUUCCUGAUUUGUUGGAAAAAUAAAGAUAGUUUUCCUUUUGGUUCUGUUCUUAUAUCAAAAAUUGGUUUUUAUCUUUAUUGGAUCAUCAUACAAUAUAACUCAUAAUACUGAAAGAUGAUUUUCGAUAGGGGACAUUUUUUAAAAAUGCGAGGUUUACGUGGGACGCACGAAACGUUUUUAAAAAUGGAAGAUAAUUUGCAUUUAGGUCAAAGUGUGACGUUUCUAUUUAUAGUAACAAAGAUGAAUUUCUCUUCAGACUAGAUACAAAGUGAUUUCUACUCGAAUUCUUAUCGCCGGUCAGUUGAUUAUAGUUUAGGCCCGUUGGGGCCUACACUGAUAAACGAAAAUAUUGAGCUUCUUAUUCCCUAGAAAGGAAAGAAUCGACGUGGCUUUGUUGGAGCCUGCCUUCAGCCUUUAGCAUUAUCGACUAUAAUUAAUCAGCCCGACAAGGAUCCAAUAAUGUUGGCUAGAGUGUACUACCGGAUAUAACAGCGUAAACGCACCGCACGGACUAGACAAAAAUAAAUCGCUAGCCUAAUGAGUAAGUAAACAUUCAAAGAGAUGCUCGAGCUUUGUGUAGUGCACAACAUGGACGAUAUAAAUGUAAGACAUAACCAUGAAUUAGACCCAAAGAUAUAACUUUAAACCAGAUCCAGUUCCCUUGCUUGUCUAAAAAAGGAAGUUGUACAAUAACCAUUUCAAUAUGUCAAAAGUUUUUAAUAUGUUUCUGGUACUGUGUUUCACUCAUUCGGUUUACAAGAUUCAUUGGAUCAAUAACAAAACGCAGCUCCAACUCUAUCACGGGGGAUGAGUCUUAGUUCAGAUCCAUGCUUCAGGAAUACGUAUCCUGCCAUCAAACAAACAAACACACAUUAGCUUUCCACUUAAGAGAUUGACAAUAAGUGAGCUUAGAAUGAGCUACACAAACAAAUAAAAGUAAAAAAGAAAGAGCACGAGUAAAAGCCAAUUCAAGAACUCAAAAAUGUCACCUGCGCCUGUUGGGGAUUGAUCCCGAUCCCAUCUGCAGACAUGAAUACAGAUACAUCAGCAAUCUUGAGUAUUGUUGACAAGAAUAAAUCACUGUUAGAUCUUUAGGCAAUAGAAAGCUUCAGUUUUUAAACUUUAUAGACAGAGAAGUAGAGUUACAUGCAAUGAUAUAUAUAUAUAUAUGAUCCCAUAUCUAAGAGAAUUCUCCUGAUUACACAAAACAUAUGAACAUGAAACAGACAAAACUUGAAAAGGGAAAUGGUGUUCAUGAGCUUCUCGAAUGUCCGGUUUGCACAAAUCUCAUGUAUCCUCCAAUUAAUCAGGUGUGUGUGCGACUGUUCUACUCUUUCUCCGACACUCAACUUACUUUUGUGUAGUUAACGUUGACAUCUAGGUUUGUUAAUUUUCCCAUAAUGUCCCAAUGGCCACACGUUAUGUUCAAGCUGCAAACAACAAGUGCAGAACACGUGCGCCCUACAUGCCGUUACGAGCUCGGCAACAUAAGAUGCUUGGCUCUCGAGAAGGUUGCGGAAUCGUUGGAGGUUUCAUGCCGGUACGAGCAGCACUGCAGGUUGAGUGUUCAGUGACCGGAGACAUUCCAUCCCUUGUUGAGCAUCUCAAAGACGAUCAUAAAGUCGAUAUGCAUAGUGGUUGCACUUUCAACCACCGUUAAUGUCAAGUCUAAUCCUCAAGAAGUUGAGAAUGCUACAUGGUUUUCUUUUUUUUUUAAUUAAAAACUAGAUAUGAGUUGGUAACUUAUUAAUGGUUUGUGAACCAACAUAUUCAUCCCAAAGAUAAACC